AUGGGAAUUUCCAAUUUCCUUGUCUUCCUUUCGAUUGCUCUAAGUUGCUUCCAGUUGCUGAGAGUCUCUGCAUCAAAAGUACCCCAAGAAGAAGUUGAUGCUCUUAGAGAAAUUGCGAGUGCGAUGGGUUCGGCAUAUUGGAAGUUUGAUGCUGAUUCCUGCAAUAUUGAAAUGGUUGGACUAACGCAUGAACCGCCAGAUGAAUCAGAGAGAAGCAUUCGUUGUGACUGCAGUUUUGAAAACAAUACUGUCUGUCAUGUUGUGAGGAUGAUUCUCAAGCGCCUUAGUCUACCUGGCACACUCCCACCUCAACUGGCCAAGCUACCUUUUCUCCGAGAAGUAGAUUUUGCUUACAAUUGCUUCACCGGUUCGAUUCCAGAGGAAUGGGCUUCGAUGAAAUUAGCUUCAAUUUCUCUUCUUGUGAAUCGCUUAUCUGGGGAAAUUCCAAAGCAUCUAGGAAAUAUUACUACUCUCACAUACCUGAUGCUUGAAGCAAACCAAUUUUCUGGUGCUGUUCCACCUGAGCUUGGGAAACUAAUCAACUUGCAGACCUUGGUUCUGUCAUCCAAUCAAUUGACUGGGAACUUACCUCUUACACUUGCUGGACUACAAAAUUUGACUGACUUUGAUCUAUCGUACAACAACUUUACUUGGCAAGACGAUGAGCAACCUGCUUGUCAGGAUGGCAUAGAGGAGUACGUUCCUUGCUCCAAGAAUUUCAGCUGUUCACGGUUUUCAAGUUGUUUACAUGUUAACUGUGGUGGGAAGGAUGUAAAAAUAAAAGAUGAUAAAGGAGAAACCCUUUAUGUGGGAGAUGAAGAUGUUCAGGGUGGCACUGCAACUUAUUUCUAUAGUAAUGAUCACUGGGGAUUUAGUAGCACUGGAGACUUCAUGGAUGAUUUUGAGGCGCAGAACAUACGUUACACUGUUUCUCUGCCAUCUUCAAAUAUGCCAGAACUAUAUAAAACAGCGCGUGUAUCUCCAAUUACACUUACUUAUUUCCAUAACUGCAUGCAAAAUGGGAACUAUACAGUAAACCUUCACUUUGCUGAGAUACAGUUUACGAAUGAUAAAACAUAUAAAAGUCUUGGGAAGCGCAUAUUUGAUGUCUAUGUUCAGGGAAGACUGACUCGCAAAAAUUUUAAUAUAGAGAGUGAGACAAAUGAUACUGAAAAACCACUGGUACUGCCUAUAUACAAUAUCAGCAUCACAAAUAAUGUCUUGGAGAUUAGAUUCUACUGGGCUGGAAAAGGAACGACAAGAAUUCCUGAUGCUGGAGUUUAUGGUCCCCUUGUAUCAGCUAUAUCUGUGGUUUCAGAUUCUAGAAUUUGCUCAAAUGGGAAAAAGAAGGUUGUUGUUUCGAUAAUCAUAGCCAGUGUAGCCGGUGCUCUAUGCUUAGUGUCAUUUAUAUCUGGAUUCAUUUGGUGGAAGUGGAAACGGUUUUUCGGAGGGAAACUGAAAAAGAAAGAAGGUGCAAAAGAUGGUGAUAUUCAGGCAGGUAAUUUUAGCCUGGAGCAUAUCAGAGCUGCCACUAAUGACUUCUCGUCUGCUAAUAAGAUUGGAGAAGGCGGUUUUGGUCCUGUAUACAAGGUUUCUGCUAACCUGGAUGCAACAAUGCAGGGUCAAUUGCUAGAUGGUACUUUUAUAGCGGUCAAGCAAUUGUCAUCAAAAUCACGGCAGGGAAAUCGUGAAUUUAUAAAUGAAAUAGGCUUGAUAUCUUGUGUGCAACACCCCAACCUUGUAAAGCUUCAUGGAUACUGUGCUGAAGGGGAACAGCUUUUAUUGGUUUAUGAGUACAUGGAAAAUAACAGCCUUGCCCGAGCUUUAUUUGGUAGUGAGAACCAUCAGCUUAAAUUGGAUUGGUCUACAAGGUUUAGGAUUUGCAUUGGCAUAGCUAAAGGGCUAGCAUUUCUCCAUGAUGAGUCAAGAUUCAAGAUAGUGCACAGAGAUAUCAAGGCUUCUAAUGUGUUACUCGAUCGUGAUUUGAAUCCAAAAAUAUCUGACUUCGGCUUGGCUAAGCUUGAUGAAGCAGAGAAGACCCAUAUCAGCACCCGGGUUGCUGGGACCAUAGGAUAUAUGGCACCAGAAUAUGCAUUAUGGGGCUAUCUUACGUAUAAGGCUGAUGUUUACAGUUUUGGAGUUGUGGCAUUAGAAAUUAUUAGUGGGAAAAGCAAUAACAAUCAUUUACCAGACGAUGGAAGUGCUUGUCUUUUGGAUUGGGCAUGUCAGUUAAACCAAGCUAAGAACUUAUUGGGGUUGGUUGAUGAAAGGUUGGGGCCAGACCUUAAUGAAACGGAAGUAGAAAAGGUAGUCAGAAUAGCUCUCCUGUGCACAAAUGCUUCUCUAUCACUUAGGCCUACAAUGUCUGAGGUGGUGAAUAUGCUUGAAGGACAAUUAGAUAUUCCAGAUGCAAUCCCAGAACCAAGUACCUACAGUGAGGAUUUAAGGUUCAAAGCCUUAAGGGACCUCCAGCAACAUCGAUCAAAGCAGAGUUUGAGUCCAAACCAGAGCCAGAAUUCAUCGACUCAUAUAUUCAGCUCAGCAUCUCCUGGUAAUACUCACAUUACGGAGUAA